AUGGGAGGACAAGAGGAGGACAAGAGGACACAAUGGGAGGAUGAGAAGAUAAUGGGAGGAUGGGAGAUGGGAGGACAGGACAAUGGGACAUGGGACAAUGGGACAACAAGACAUGGGACAAUGGGAGGACAGGACAAUGGGACAUGGGACAAUGGGACAACAAGACAUGGGACAAUGGGACACAGGACAAUGGGACAUGGGACAACGGGACAACAAGACAUGGGACAAUGGGACACAGGACAAUGGGACAUGGGACAACGGGACAACAAGACAUGGGACAAUGGGACACAGGACAUGGGACAAUAG